CCGGCCGGGAGCCGCCUGUUGAUCGCCGCGCUCGCCCCGGCCACGGCGCCGCCCUGCUCGCCGGCCCCGCUACCUGGGGGCAGACGGACUGACGGCCCGCACCGCCGGCUCCGGGAUGGGCGCACAGACGGUAUUCUGAAGUCUCCAGAAGCUGGCACAUUUAAAUGUUCAUGGCCCGUGAGAAAGGCGUGUAAGAGACCAUGGCGCUCCCUUUUCAAAAAGAGCUGGAGAAAUACAAGAACAUUGAUGAAGAUGAGCUUCUUGGCAAACUCUCAGAAGAAGAACUAAAACAGUUGGAAAAUGUCCUUGACGACCUAGAUCCUGAGAGCGCACUGCUGCCAGCUGGAUUUCGACAGAGAGACCAGACACAGAAAGCAGCCACCGGCCCGUUUGACCGUGAGCACCUCCUCAUGUACCUGGAGAAGGAGGCUCUGGAACAGAAAGACAGGGAGGACUUUGUGCCCUUCACCGGGGAAAAGAAAGGGAGAGUCUUUAUCCCCAAAGAAAAGCCCAUAGAAACUCAUAAAGAAGAAAAAGUGACCCUUGACCCAGAACUGGAAGAAGCUUUGGCCGGCGCCUCUGACACUGAACUCUACGAUCUUGCAGCUGUUCUUGGGGUACACAAUUUGCUCAACAAUCCCAAAUUUGAUGAAGAAACGACCAGCACAAAAGGAGGCAAAGGGCCUGUGAGAAAUGUGGUCAAAGGUGAAAAAGUCAAGCCAGUGUUUGAGGAACCUCCCAAUCCCACAAAUGUGGAAGUAAGUCUGCAGCAGAUGAAAGCCAAUGAUCCCGGCCUGCAAGAGGUCAACCUCAACAACAUAAAGAACAUUCCAAUUCCAACCCUGAAGGAAUUUGCAAAGGCUCUGGAGACCAAUACCCAUGUGAAAAAGUUCAGCCUGGCCGCAACCCGCAGCAAUGACCCUGUGGCGAUUGCUUUUGCAGAUAUGCUAAAAGUAAACAAGACCUUGAAAAGUCUAAACAUAGAAUCCAAUUUUAUCACUGGUGCUGGGAUCCUGGCCCUUGUAGAGGCACUAAAAGAAAAUGACACCCUGACAGAGAUCAAGAUCGACAACCAGAGACAGCAGUUGGGAACAGCCGUAGAGAUGGAAAUUGCCCAGAUGCUCGAGGAGAAUUCAAGGAUCCUCAAGUUUGGAUAUCAGUUUACCAAGCAAGGGCCACGAACAAGAGUGGCAGCUGCAAUCACAAAGAAUAAUGACCUGGUUCGUAAGAAGCGAGUUGAAGGAGACCGAAGGUAAACUUCCACGAGAACAGGCGAGGUUUCACCACGGCGGUGAUUUGAAAACGAAAGUUUUUCUCCUUCUCCGCUGGGACCAUUUUAUCAAAGGUUGUUCAUUUCCGUUAACCACACAACUCAUCAUUUAAUUGUUUUUCUUUUUUAGCACGACUUAUUUGUCUUGAAAUUUUCAACAUCUAUUAUUGUAUUACUGGCUCCUGGGCACCUCUGGCACCCUGGACCCGUGGACCGGUACAGAUCUGGGUGGGUGGCAACAGUCGAAAGUGAUUUAACCACUUUCAUAUUAGGUUGUCUUGCUUUCUUACAUGGACUUUUUUUUUAUUUAACCAUUGAAGGAACUUAGUAUAUAAAUGUGUUUGUAACUGUGAUUAUGAUAGAGGCCUUUCUCUGUUUACAUGCAUAACUUUGAGUAAGGCUAAAUAUAUCAGAACACUUCUGACCCCGUGAGAAGUUAGUAUUGCCAAUCUUUCCUUGAGUGAGAAAAUGCGAGCAGCUUAGCACAAAUUCUCCCUUAGGUUCCAGAAAAAUCACUAAAUGCACAUGCCCCACUGAUUGAAGAUUAGCGGUAUUCUCUUCAUAUAAAACAAGACAGCAUUAUGAUGCAUUAACACAGCUUUAGCAAAUAAGUGCGAAAUAUUUAUUAACCCACAAAUACAGCUUCAAGCCAGACUCACAGGUAGCAGAAUGAAUUAGCACAGCUACCUUUACUGAUUAUUCCACAUAAAUCCGAUCUUUAACGUCACUCUAUGGAUAACAGAAGCUGUUUAAAGUUUUCCAGACAUGAUGGGAAAUUUUUAAACUUUAGCAAGGGGGAAGCUUUUAAAAUAGUGCAUUCCAAAAUACAACAAUAGUAAUUGCACCUUAAGGUUGUUGGUUACACACAAUUGCAUUAUCUUGGUGAAUUUUAGAAGCUUUUGUGGCUUUGUCUUUAGGGCAACAAGGUUACAGGAUGAAAUGUGAACAUUCAAAUUAAUCAUAUAGAUUUUGUCUACAUGGCAUGAUCCAUCGAGACAUUUGCAAACAUCAGAAAACAAUGUGAAUUAUCCAGAUGUUUGUCAUCUCAAGGACAAAGCCUAUGAAAGUACAGCUGAGGUGAUCGCGUGGUAGAUGCAACAAUCUUUUCAUCUGGCAGCGCAGCAUUGUGAUGUUAAGGGAAGGGAACAUGUGUCUGCAGCCUCUGGCACCAGCUUAUGGGUCUUUGAUAACUGUCAGUGCCUGAGGCUGGACUCGGUGGCACUAAGACACUGCCUUAGGCACCUCUCCCUCCCUCCCCACUGCUUUCCUUCCAACUCAUUCCCUUUUUUCUUCUUUUCUGUAUGAUUUUGAGCCUUGUAAAGGUGACAUCCCUUGUCCUAGUGAUACCUGGAGCUGAAGAAGUUGCUGAGUCAGGCAGAAGGAGGGCCCAGUGUAGAAUUUACUAAGUAAUUGAGUGUCCCUGAGUUGCUUGACAGCAGUAAAACAAGUAAAUGGGAAAACAAUUCAGAUAUCACUCUAGUUACUUUGUAGAGCACAUGGAAACUGUUUAGGGUAGAAAGCCUUUAUAAAAUUGGACAUUUACAUGUAUUAUAAGUGCCCGCCUCUCUCUCUCUAAAAUCCUUUGAAACAUGAGAAUAUUUUACAUUUUUUGAGAGAAUAUUGAGCAGAGCAUCUUGAAUUCUGAAAACUCUAAAAAUCUUUUCAUUAGUUUUCUACUACAUCUCCCUAUCUAUAUAUAUAUUUUAAAGUAUUAACUCCUACUUGAUGGUUUUUAGUCUGAUUUCUUCUUCCCCUCUUACUCUUUUGGGUGUGGUGUGUUGGAGCCCACUCAUACAGGUUCCCCAUUAUUAAAUUAUCAAGAAUUUUGCAAACUAGUUGUUAAUAAGCACAGCCAUUAUUAAAAAUUAAAUGACAUGCACUUACAAUGAAAUAAAUUGUAGUAAAAAACCAAAGUAAUACUCAAAAGUACAUUUUACUAUUUAUAUACUCUUGAGAUGAUUCACAACUCUUGUGCCUGUGUGGCAGAAAUACCAGAUAAUGGUGUGCUGAUGUGCAUCUCUGCCCAACUCAGUGGUUCUUCCCACCUCAAUUCAGUACUUCUUGUUGGUAGGUUGAAAUUGGUAGUGAUGGGAGUAUUUACACCGUGGAAAUCAGCAAAUAUUACAGAUCAUGGCUUCAAUGCUCCCUUUCCCCCCAGGUUGCUGGUUAAUAAACAUUCAUCAGCACAUUAUAUAAAUAUAUAGAAUGUAUACAGUUCUUGCUUGCUUUUUGUAGACAUGUUUUAGUUACCAUGUUGCCAAAGGGAAGAACACUUCUCUUAGUUGUCUUUCUCCUAUCCCUUUAGGUUUGUUGCAGAUGUAUUUAAGUGCUGAGUCCCUGACAGGCCCCACUAAGUAAGGCUUUUUCCUUUCUUUUCUCAUUUACUCUCUCUCUUGCCUUCACCCUGAAGAAAUCUUGGAUCCUACAGAGUGUUCCCUGCAGCCCCAAGGUGCUGUGGACCAGGAACUAAAGCAAUUGUUGCAGACCCUGGCAGAAAGCAAGGAAAAACAAAAACAAAAACAAAAACAGGAUUUGAUGACUAUGCUGCGGUUGUUGAUAGUAUUAAAGCAAGAUAAUGAGAUAUUUCCAAAUUAGUCCUGUUUUUAGCUUAUAAAAUAGUUGGGUCACAUGUAAUAGAGUCUGUUAACUCAAAUAUUUAUUAUUAAUCAGUUAAUCAUUUGCUUUUGAAGUAGCUUGAGAGGUGACAUUUCCAUGAGUAUUCAUGUAACUAUUAGAAGAUAAAUUGACAUUCUGGGGAACGUAUAAGUCAUUUAAUUAGGCUAGGACCCCAUUUCUUCAUCUGUCCAGUAUGUGUGUGUGAGUAGAAGCUCUUUCGUGAUCCUGAGCAUAAUUAAUCCCUUGCCAUCCGUCAUGGUGUAAUGUAUAUAAAAUAUUUUUAUAUGGAGGCAUUUUGCCAAAUAUUAUGUCAAGAUAUUUGGCAACAUCUGGACAAUUGACUGAAGGGAGAUCAUCUCUCCCCAGACCACCUCCUUUCCCCUUUUAGACUUGUCCAGGCACCCACUAGGUGUAAAAUCACUCACCUGGACUUGCAAGCUCCUGUCACCAACACCCAUCCCAGCACAUGUGGAAGGUGACUUCUAGAGAGAUCAUGUCAUUAGUCCAGUAGUGUAUCUCCCCAUCUCCCUGCAGAGGAUAAUGGCAGCUGUUUUGUCCUCAUCGGCACAAUGAAAUCCCUUCCUUUCAUCUUGGUAGAGCAUAAUGUAAAUAAAUGUCGUGUGUGUGUGUCUUGCCAAAUAUCUAACUGGGUAUUUGGCUGCAUCUGGACCCUGAUUGAAGGGAGAUACUGUCUCCCCAGCCCCAUUUCCCUUGUCCUAUUUAGAGUUGCCUCCAGCCCAAGUUAAAUGUGAAGUCACUCCCUAGAGUUUGCAGCUUAGAUCACCAACCACCAAAUUUCCUAGCAUGUAUGGAAGAUAACUCUUAGGGAGUAAAUAUCAGAAGCCUGGAAAUCAUUUCAUCAUUCCAGUACCGAAUCUCUCCAUAUGCCGAAAGUGUGUGAGUGGAAGUGCUUUCAUCUUCAUCAACAUGAGGAAGCCCCUUCCUUCCAUCCUUGUAGGAUAUAUUGUAUAUAAAUAUUCUGUACAUAACAAUUGCCAAAUACUGUAAGGAGGUAUUUGGCUAAAGCUGGACACCUGAUUGCAGGAGCUGCUGUCUCCCAGGCCCUCUCCCCAUCUCCUCUCAGUUGCCACGGGCCUAGGUUAGACAGAGAAUCGCUAACCUGAAGGGGCACAUGCAGCUCACCCAUCUCAGAGCACGCAGUUCAUCCUACAAUAAACGCCCAUCUCCAUUUAAAAAUUCAGAAAGCAUCCUGAUGCCUAUACUCCUCAAAACAAUUUCCCGGAAGGAAGCCUGGCCAAUCAGACCCAAAGAACGGCUGCUUCUCUUCCAGACAGAAAUGUGGCCCUGGCAUUAGGGCCACCAGUGUGUUCUGAAUAACUCUACGAGAACGUUUCAGAUAGUCAGACCUGAAACUGGCUUUAGCAUCAACAUGCUUUGAAUGUAAGAUAGCCCUUUAAAUUUUAUGAAAGAGUUUGCAGAUAGUUUCUUUUUUCAUGGAUAUGAUGUACUUAGCCCUCUUGCAGGCACUGUGACAGAGGCAGAGGAAGUGUGAGAACUCUAGAUUAUUAUAAUUUGAUCUGUGUUUCUGGGUUUGGGGGUAGAGCGCCUUUUUGAAAAUCUUUAGUUCAAGUAUUGAUGACAGUGAAAAUGGGUAGGGGGCAGUAAGUUGUGAAUAGUGGGUUCUGUGGUAUGUUGCUUAUACUCAGCAGGACUGUUUCUGGAGUUAGGUUUUAAGCCAUGAUUCUGAAGUUUCUUUCCUCUUUUCCACUAAUGAAGCAAUGAUAGCUACUUUCAUUUUAAUGAACAUAGAACUAAGAGGAAAUAUUUUAGCUCUGCCUUCCAGUAGCAGUUUCCCCUUAUUGUUCCUCAAUGAAAAUAUCCCUAUCACUCACCAUGCCAUCUUUGAAGGUAAAAGAUUGAGACACAUGCAAAGGAGAGGUGUAAGAAUGCUAGGAAGCAUCAGGUGAGCCCUCUGGAUGAAAAUCACAUGAUCAGGCCUCCUAGCAACUAGCUGGAGAGAGAAAAGUACCCAGAACCUCAAGGAUAUAUUCAUUGCUCUUGUUCCCAACUCUAGGUCAGACUGAAUUUUGUUUUUGUCUUUUGGGAGUAUAGUAAAUUAAGGGGCUAAGUGCAGUGAGGAAGGACAAUGGAAAUUGAAGGUUUUAAUUUGCUAAAGGGCAGAAGUAAGCUCUGCCCAGCUUACCUCAUUCCCAUCUGCCCAUAACAGCAAAGAUUAAACGUUUAAUAGGUGGAUGGACAAGGAGUUUCAAGGUUUGAAUUUGUAACCUGCCUCUGGGUACUGUUCUGGGAAGAGUAUACAAGAACCAGAGGUUAUCCCAGUUGCGUGAGGCAUCACUGACUUGGGGGAGUGAAGGAGCCUGGACCUUGCUCUGGCGUCUUCCUUGGUGGUCAUUCUGAGCACACUGGCUCUGCUGGUUGGUAUGGUGGAAGAGCACCAUACUGCAGAUGUGGAGACUGACUCCUAAUCCCAUCACCAACACUUAGCAGGUGUAUGAUCAUGGGCAAUUCAUUCAAUUGCCUGACAAUUAUAGACUUUACAGGGGGAAGAGCACUGGAUUUGGAGUCAAGAAACUUGGACACUUGGCUCCAUACUUCUUUAGCUGGGAGACUUCAGGGCAAACCACUGAGUCUCUCAGGCCCGCGGUUCUUCAGCUAUACUAUAAUGGGAAUAAUCUUCACUAACUACCUCACAGAGUUGUGGUGAGAAUAUGAUCAGAUAAUGGGAUGAAAACAUUCUACUGGAAAGGGCUAUACAAAAGUGGGAGAUCAUUUCUGUUAUCUAUCCAUCAGUGUUUCCCACUGCCUCUCGAAUCCAUUUUAUUUUCUUCUAACCAACCGUUACAUCUUUGCCACCUUUGUGAGUAUGGAGAAUUGAAGCAUGGGUGUGAUGUGGGGGGCUGGAAUUAUUUCACUUUCAACACAGAAGUGGGGAGAGGUGGUUGAUGGGCGUGGUUGGUGUUAUGUAUACCAGUGAAGUGUCUGGUCUGGCAUUUUCCUGGGCCGCUUGACAGUACCCUGGGACAUGGUCAGGACCUUGCAGAGAGCCUGAGGCUGGACACAGGAGGAAGCAACAGUGAUUAAGAGUUGAGGGGGAGUUGGGGGGAGGGUGUAUUAGCUCAGUGGUAGAGUGCCUGCUUAGCAUGCACAAGGUCCCAAGUUCAAGCCCCAGUACCUCCAUUAAAAAUAAAUAAAUAAGUAAACCUAAUUACCUCCCCUCCUAAAAAUUUUUUUAAUAAUAAAUUUUAAAAAAUUUUAUAAUGAAUUUAGGGGAAGUACACCAGAAAUUAACACAACAUUGUAAACCGACUAUACUUCAAUUAAACAGAACUAAGGGGAGGGUCUGGAGCACUGCUGCCCUCCUGUCAGCUCGGUCACCUCUCAGGGGGUGGGGUAGGCUAAGACUUGAAGUGUGAGUGGAGGACUAGGAAAGAAGACUGUCCUUAGGGCUCCAGCAGCUCGAGCCCCGGUAGUGAAGGGGAGAGAGUGUCAUUUGUGAGAUCAGCUCUCCCGGGCAUCAGCCGCUUUGUUAUCACCAGCAACCUUAGCCCUGGUCAGUGUUAUUUUCUGCUCAGAAAGAUAUUGAAACAUAGUCUCAAGGGACUUUCAUAAACACUGGGAGGCAGGGACUGUCUCAUCAACCUUUGUGUCUUCAGUAGCAUCUAGUAAGGUGCCUUGUACAUAAUAGGUGCUUAAUAAAUGUUGCUUGAAUUGAAUUGUCCUCCAGCACCACAAGAAUUAUGCUCCAUUUGCCACCGUGUGAUGCUUUUGGAAAACAGUAUCGAUUUGGAUGUCAGCUACGUGUGACGUUGGGCAAGGCUUUCCAUCUAUCUUGUCUUUUCAUUUGUAAAAUGAAGUGGGUGGGUUAGAUGCUCUCUAAGGUCCCUUCCAGCUCCAAAAUGUUACAAUCGUGUGAUUCUAAAAUGUUUCCAUUGCCUCUGAACAUGGGUGAGCAAUGCCUCCCUUGCAGCUCCAUCUCUCCUCAGUAGGCUUUGUUCAGAAGAAGAGGUCCACAGAGUUAUUUGUUCCUCUUCAGUGGUUUUUACUGUCUUCAGAAUAGUUCUGGAGGAGCAGCCUUUUCAGAAAGGACAUUUUAAAAUAUAUAAUGUUUUCUCCUCAAAAUUGGUGGAGCAGAAGAGGAGGAAAUGCAAAGAGAGAAACUGAGCAUAGUAAACACAGCAUGUUUUUCAUAGGUUUUUGUCGAAAGAGAGAGAGAGAGAGUAUGUGUGUGUGUGUAUCUGAGCAAGUAUUGACUGGGUGACAGAGAAACCGAUCAGAAGUACAGUGUGCAAUUGAGGGAAGCUGGCCCAGGAUUAAAACUUUCCCAUGGAUAAUCUAAAUGUGGAUAGAUAGGAAUUGGCCAUAUGCUGAGAUGAGAUGGAUAGAAAAUGUACUUUUAAAGGAAAUUUUAUUUUAGUACCAAAUUUUGCCAGUGACAAUCUUUAGUUAAGAAAGAAAUUAUUCUGAACUAAAGUUCUCAUCUCUGCCACUUUGUUUUUUUUUAACCCACUGUAUUGAUGGAAUAUUUAUAUUUUAAACCUUUAUCUUAAUUCUAUUUCAUCUAUUUAAAGAAAACAAAUAAACAGCAUUUUUCAUUGCAUUUAAAAAUGUAAAAUACUUGCAUGCCACCAAUCUGUAAUCUCUUACCAGUUCAGAUGCCUGUAACUUGUGACCUUACGUGUACCUGUAUUGUUUUAAAGAGAACAAAGGAAAUAAUACUUUGUAGACUGUUUAAACUCAUACUGGCAACAUUUAUUUGGCUAAGCAGUUAUUGAAAAAUUCACAUAGUUUCAUUUUUCAUUUUGAAACUUUUCAAAGGUAGACGAUUAUAUUCAUUAGGGAAUUAAAGACUAAUUUGCCUUUUAAAUGUGAAGCUGAACAGUAUGUGGGAAAUAAAUGUGUGCAAAAGCAAAA